AUGGGGCCAUCACAGUCCACACACAAGUCAGAUGACUCUCUCGGACAAGAAUUUAUUCUCCCGCCCUUCACUCGUGACGUUACUACCACUAAGCCAGAGGCCAAGAGAUGGGUCCAAGAUGGCAUCGUUUGGUGCUACGCCUUCAACCAUGCUGAAGGAGAGCGCUGUUUUGAAAGGGCCAUUGAAAUCGACCCCGAAUGCUGCCUCGCAUAUUGGGGCCUUGCCUUUGCUCUUGGUCCCAACUACAACAAGCCAUGGAAAGCAUUCGACCGGAACGAUCUCAAGCACACCACUUUAAAAGGUCUUGAGGCCUGCAAAAAUGCCGAAUCUCUAGCCUCAAAAGCGAGCCCCGUUGAACGAGCCCUUGCUGGUGCCAUUCGACAUCGCUAUCCCAAAGAUGAGAACGACACGAACCAUGCCAGGAGUUGGAACAGUGCCUACGCGGAAGCCAUGAGACCUGUUUAUGAAGAGUUCAAGGACGAUCUCGAUAUAGCAACCCUGUACACCGAUGCACUCAUGAAUCUCACACCAUGGGCACUGUGGGACGUCCGAACAGGGAAGCCUGCGCCUGGUUCUGAGGUCCUCGAGAUUCAACAAGUUCUUGAAAGAGGCAUAGCUCAGGAGGGCGGGUAUGAACAUAUCGGACUCUUGCACGCCUACAUCCACGUCACCGAGAUGUCGACCGAGCCUGAAAAGGGUCUCGUUGCAGCCGAACAUCUUCGCAGAUUGGCGAAUGAAGCAGGCCACCUAGCUCACAUGCCUUCGCAUCUGGACAUCCUCAUCGGAGACUAUCGACGUGCCAUCUCUGCUAAUGCAAAGGCUGUGAUGGCUGAUGAGAAAUUUGUAUCCCUUCGGGGUGGUGGCGACUUCUACACCAUAUAUCGCAUGCAUGACUACCACUCACUCAUCUACGCCGCCAUGUUUGCUGGCCAGUACGGUGUCUCGAUCAAGGCAGUGAACCAAAUGGAAGUGGCCAUUCCAGACCAAGAUCUACGAAUUGAGUCGCCCCCAAUGGCGGACUGGCUGGAGACUUUCAGAUCAGUUCGUCCACAUAUCCUGAUCCGCUUUGGAAAAUGGGAGGAAAUCAUUGACAUGCCACUUCCCACGGACCAGGAACUGCUCUGCGUGACCACCGCGACGAUUCACUAUGCCAAAGGUGUUGCCUAUGCGGCGCUGGGAAAUGUCGAAGAGUCAGCUAAGCAGCGAGAACUCUUCAUUGCUGCCAAAGCUCGGGUGCCACCGACUCGGACACAGUACCCUAAUAAGUGCCUUGAUGUCCUGGCUGUGGCCGAAGCCAUGCUUGAUGGCGAACUUGAGUACCGACGAGGCAACAUUGAGCUUGCCUUUGAGCAUCUUCAAAAGUCAAUCGAUCUCGAUGAUGGUCUGCGAUACGCUGAGCCGUGGGCAUGGAUGCAACCCGCCCGUCACGCGUACGCCGCCCUCCUCAUGGAACAAGGCCGCAUCGAAGAAGCUGCUGAAGUAUAUCGCACCGACCUCGGUUUGAAUAACAAGCUAUUCAGGGCAAGGCAUCACCCUAACAACGUUUGGGCCCUCCACGGCUAUCACGAGUGUGCAGUGAAGCUGGGACUUGAUGGCGAGGCGCGGAUCGUAAAGCAGCAGCUUAAGACGGCCAUGGCUUUUGUGGAUGUGCCUAUCGAGUCGUCGUGUUAUUGCAGACGGGAUGUUGAGAAUCCUCUGACUGCUCAGCAAGUCCACCACCAAGAAUUGCCCAAUCCUGACUCUCCACAAACAGCUCUACAAGACCAAAACAUAGCGCGCCUCUUCCAUUCUUACACCUCCAAUAUCUCGGAAUGGUAUGAUCUCAGUGACUCAGCAUGCUCCUUUGGCCUUGAAGUUCCGUCUAUCGCCCUAGACGAGCCUCUUCUCUUCUGUGCUGUCAUCGCACUCUCUUCAAUGCAUGCGUGUAAAACAUCAGCUCCAAGUUUCCGCAAAGUCGCUGAAUUCUACCAUCAUCGCUGUGUCCAAUUUCUCAUCGCGCUGGACGCAGGCGAUGAACUUAUCGGCCGAGGGGUGGCGCUCGCAGCGACUUGUCUUUUGCGCUCUUAUGAGAUCCUUGAUGGCGACGUUGACCCCAACAUGCAUCUUCGUGGUGCUUACUCAAUGGCUUCGCUCCAUGAUGUGCUCUCAGGUAUUCCACAAGCGGGUUUGUUAGGUGCGGGUUUCUGGAACUAUCUCAGGGAGGACAUUACGUUCAGCCUAUUUGAGGAGUGUCCAUUAAAGAUGGACCUGGAGAGCACACCAUUGACCAUUCAGCAUACCUCUGACCAAGAUUAUCUCAAUUCUAUUACUUUGAUCCUGGGCAAGAUAAUCAAUAUGUCUUUCAGACAAGACACUGAUGGACUUCAGUGGGACUAUAUAAUGGAAGACCUCAAGCGCUGGCGCGAUUCUUGUCCCCCUCACAUGAAGCCGUACUCAAGACUGCAGGGUGAUAUUAUCACAUCUCAUCUACUUCCCGCAAUAUGGUUCCUACAGCCUUGUCAUGCCGCGAUACUUCACUAUUACCUCGUGGCCAUGACAAUAGUCUGCAUCUACACUUCUCCAAAAAGCCUAGAGGACCUAGGCGGUCUUCAGCUUCCUCAACUCGAAGCUCAGUCCAAAGAACAGUUUCUCGAGAACUUUGCCCUUGAGAUAUGCGGUAUUGCUUUCACUGCCAAGGUGCCAUCAGUUCUGGUCUUCAUCAUGUUCCGCACCCAAAGGCUCUCCUCGGCUUUGGCGAAACAUGCACGCACCUUUGCAACAAUGACACAACCUCCACGGGUCGGAGUUGUUCGACCUUCAGCUCAAGAAUUAAAGAAUCGGACUCUUGACUCCAGAAAUCUUGAGAAAGCUGUGCGACACAUGCACAGAGAUGGUUUGGUUGUUGUAGAAGAUGUUGUCCCUCACGAGGACAUCGACAUCCUCAAUGAGAAGAUGAUUGAGGAUGCUCAUACCCUACAGGCUCGAGGUGACAAGGGCCCUUUCAACUAUAACAAGGGAAACAUUCAGCAAGAUGCCCCCCCUGUUUCUGAAUACUUUAGCCCUUCUAUCUUCACAAACCCAAUUGCCACACAAAUCACCACUGCCAUGAUGGGCCCUCGGCCAAAGUGGACGUUCUGCUCUGCUAAUUCUGCAAUGGCAACUCUCCCUGGAGGAACUCCUCAGCGCCAGCCCGUGCAUUCAGACGCGGACUUUGCACAUCCAGACCAUCCCUUUGCCCUUGUCGUGAACAUUCCUCUGGUCACAACUAAACCAGAGAAUGGAUCCACAGAGAUCUGGCUUGGCACCCACAAUGGGUUUGGUCUCGAUGCACAAGAAGGUGCACAUGGCGAGAGAGCCAGCGGUCGUAUCAGAGAAGAACUCCUGCGAAAACGGCAAAAGAUCUCACCGCCCCUGCAGCCCGUCAUCAAGAAAGGCAGCAUCGUCGUGCGCGAUCUCAGACUCUGGCAUGCUGGCAUGCCUAAUACUACUCAACAGACUAGGGUGAUGCUCGCCAUGAUCCACUUUGCGCCGUGGUUCAGGAACAGAAUGAGACUCGAGCUGGGCGAAGAUAUAAAGCCUAUUCUAGAAGGUCUAGAAAAAGAGGGAAAGCUGGGGUUGGAUGUGCCAGUGGAUUGGGCGAGUAGGGAGGCUGUGCUUGAGGGUUAUCUGAACCGAGGAUUCGGGAAUAGCUAUGAUUUUAGCCAAGAAGCCUGA